AUGGGUUGGCACUCUGCGGCUGACUAUAAGGACCUGGAGGGAGUGAAGGUUGACGGCGAUACUCUGUCGGCGGAUGCUGGUGUUGGGGGGCAGGGCUUCCCUGAGCAAACGAAGGGCCGUACGGAUGUUGCGAAUGUGCAGACGUUGGCGUCGGGGUGGACUGCGCGGAAUGAGUUCGCUGAGCCUGUUGUUGACCUGGAUGGCCUAUCGGUGGUGUUUGAGGAAUUGGAUUAUGUGGCAGAUACGGUGUCGUCGGAUGAACUUGGGGAGGAGGAUGGCUGUCGUGACGCUGGUGCUGUUGGUGAACGGGAUGGGGCGGAGGCUGGUAUUGCGCCGGGGGGUAUUGAUGUCGCUGGCUUGGGCUUCGGAUCUCGUGAGGAGCUUGAUUCGGAAAGUAGCCUGGAGACGGACCAUGCACUGGGCCUGGUGUUGAGCUCGUCGACUGACGAUACGGCGACUGUACUGGAGCUCGAGGAGGAUACGCAGCUUGGGCCUGGUAGGGAGACUGUGGAGGGUACGCGCCGGGCGGGUACUGGUUGCUGUGGUGUUGGUAAUCGGGCGCCCCAGGCUUCCCAGGGGACGGCUGAGGUGGUGAAUGAUGAGGGUAUUCGCGAUAUGCGUACUGCGCAUUGGCUGACGGAGGUCCACGGGGUGGUUGAGGGUGCUGCUGAGGAUGCUGCAGGGGAUGCUGCUGCUGCGGCGCUGGCGGUGGUGCCUUGGCGGCAGAGCGCUCCCCGUUAUCAGAAAUCCUCUGCGGAUGCGAUUGCGCGACGGGGGCUCAAAGAGAACAAAGAGUCGCGAUAUAGAGACACGGCCUGGCUCAGGACUUGA